AACUCAGGACGGCCUGCCGACCGGACCGACGCGGUUACAAACGGUGGAAGCAUUAAAAGGUGCUGAAGCUGAAGCCGACACCCAGUCAUGGUGAAAAUCAGUUUCCAGACUGUCGCGGGACAGAAAGUGGAAAAGGAGAAUUACGGCGACAAAACCGAAAUCCUCAUCCCGCAUCCGAUGGAUGAGGAGGAGUUGGUUUUGCCGCUGAGGCCUCAAAAGUCUCCUCUUAACGGACUGUGCUGCCUAACCUUUGCUCUGGUAGUCUUCAUGGCCGGUCUUGUUAUGGCCUCCAUCUACGUCUACCGCUACUACUUCAUACCUCAUAUCCCAGAGGAGAACCUGUUCCACUGCAGGGUGCUUUAUGAGGACUCUGUGUACGCCCCGCUGCAUUCGCGCCAAGAGCUGGAGGAGAAUGUCGGCAUCUACUUGGCCGACAACUAUGAGAAAAUCAGUGUACCCGUACCUCACUUUGGAGGCAGCGACCCUGCUGACAUAAUCCACGACUUCCACAGAGGACUGACUGCCUACCAUGACAUCGCUUUGGACAAGUGCUACGUCAUUGAACUCAACACCACCAUCGUAAUGCCUCCACGCAACCUGUGGGAACUUCUAGUCAAUGUCAAGAAGGGGACAUACUUGCCUCAGACCUACAUCAUCCAUGAAGAGAUGGUGGUGAGUGGCAAAGUGCAUGACAUACGUCAGCUGGGACCUUUCAUCUACCGCUUGUGCAAUGGGAAGGACACGUACCGCCUCAGUCGCCGCGUCACCCGCAGACGCAUCAACAAGCGGGAGGCAAAGGACUGCCACCACAUCCUUCACUUUGAGAACACAUUCGUAAUGGAGACGGUCAUUUGUGAUGAAGCGUAAUCAGUCUUGGUAACCCAUGUUGUGUCACACACCCAAAAAGCACAUUUCUUGUCACUUCCUCAGCCACUGUAGCACCCUCCUGUGGAUUUAAUCAUGUCUAAGUCCCACUUUACUUGUAGUUAUGGAUUUGAUGUCCUUUUUUUAAAAAAAAAAAAGGCAACUUAUUUUAGUCUUGGAGACCUGCCUGUUUGUUUUCUUCUUCCCUGUUCCCCUAAGGUAAUACUUCUCAUUAAUUGUGAUGCAAUACGACACUGUUGGUUCUAUCACAGGAUUUUCCAUGUAGCAAAGUCCUUAAGCCAGUAAUGAUUAAUAAUUUUGAGGCAUGUCCUCUGGGCUCUUGUAUGGCAGUUACUGUCAGGGGAGAUGACUCUGUCUCUGUGUUAUCAAGGUGAUUGCAUUUUUUUUCUUCUAAUGUGAGGAUUGUGUCUGUUGUUUUUUUUUUUCUUCUUCUUCCUUCCAUCUGCUGUGUAAAGCGUCAAAUCCUAUGUUUCUGAACAAAUAUUAUUGAGACUGAACUUAUCUGUUUCUCACAUUAAUCAUGUAAUCUAACUACUGUUGGCUCCUUGCUUGCAUCCUGUUGCUGCCUUGCUCUCCUUUCUGCUUAUUUAUGCCUCUGUAAAACCAUCACCAAGUGGUAGAAAUUCAGUGACGUGUUGGUUACUUAUGUUAGCAACGAAGAAGACAUUGGGCAUUAGACUACACUCACUUUUUUGGUAAUAUUUCAUCACUGAAAAGGGUGAAAACCCAAUUUAUUUAUUUAUUUUAUAUACACUCAUUUGUUGCCCGUCCACCCCCUAAGGCUUGCAUUUGUGUCACUUUAAAAUACCAUUUUGGCUUUCAUUGCAUGUGUUUUAUGGGUAAGAGGAAACAGCACUGUUAAAAUGUUUCACAAUAUCACGUUUAAAGCCUUAGUCCAGAGUCAGAAACUGGACUAAAGUCAGUACUACUGAAAGGAAGCACAUGUGUUAGUUAAACCAACCUAAACUUUGAUCUGUAUAUUUUGUUUGCUUAUGAAAUCUGUCUGUGAAUAAAGAAGU